AAUCGUCGUGAAUUUUGAAAGGACUGCCGUGGAAUGUGAGCAUGGCGCCUGCCAAUUCAUCGUGUUCAAGCGCUCCGCAAAGCCAGACGCUGCACCACCGAUCACGGCCGACGUUCAACGCAACUUCGAAACUUCCCCGCGGUGACUUUGAUCUCUCCGAUAGAUUUCGAAAGGAACUCGGCCUCGACACCUUCGCCCUCGCAGUCUAAUUCAUACCAAGAUGACGACUAACGGACAUCACCCGCAGGCAAACGCCUUGAUCAGCGGCAUCGCGCACGUCAAUCUGACAGUCCCAUCCGGCACCCUCGACCAAGCCCACGCCUUCUAUGGCGAAACACUGGGCCUGAAAUCGCGACCCGUGCCCGAACUACAGAAAGGCACUCUCGCAUGGUUCGACAUCGCCGACUCCGGCCAGCAAAUCCACAUCGCUUUCGGGCCCUCAGGACCCAAGUCCUCGCGCCAUCCGUGCUUCCGGAUUGCGUCGCCGGAUGCGUUGCUGGAGUUGCGGCGGCGCGUUUGGGAGCAUCAUUUGAAGGGCGGCGAUAGUGCGCCGCAGGAGGCGGAUCAGCCGGGGGCGGAGAAUAGUGGAAGCAAGGGGGCGGAGUACCCGCAGCGUUUCUUCGCGAGGGAUUAUGCUGGGAAUCGACUGGAGUUUAGCUUGUGAAAGGCGCGAAGAGCGGGCACGAAGUAUUAAGUCUCCAUCUACAGAUUAGACGAGUGCAAGAUGUCGACUGUCUGAGCGAGCUACGAUGGUUGGGCCAUUGAAUCAGACGAUCUCUGCAUACUGGGCUAGUUCACCGAUGGUCGUCCCUAUGUCUUUCGCAAUGGCUCGUUUCAGCGUUGAUAGGGAGCGUUGAAACCAGCGUCGAUGCUAUGGUCUGCAAUUGUUUCGGUUCAGUAUAAGACGACGGUGCAUAUCUCUCCACACUAGUUUUGGAUGACGUUCAUUGUUAGUGUAUAUGAACGUGG